CAGCGAUUCGGCGAAUGGGGAGGUGCGGACGUCCCCUGGAGCCCUAUUGCCGGUUAUGAUUGGCAGAACCGGUGACGUACAGGGUUCCUGCCCAAUAGACGACACCGGUGUGCGGCUGGCGGGACGAGGCGGGACUUCCGGGCGGAAGCGGCCAAGCGAAGGGGUCCAAGAGGUUGAUGGUUUUGUCCUAUAUGACGAGUUCUGUAAGUUAAUCAUUCUCUAGAAAGCAGCUGUAAACAAAACUGAGAAGAAAAGAGAACAUCAACAAAGCUGUAGCUCUGCAAAAAUAUCCCAGGAUGUGAAUUCUGAGGAGAGUCCAGCUUCCAGUUCAGACACCCUGCUAGUUGCUGUUUUUCUUUUCCUCAUUCAAAACUGCUCUUUUGUUCCAAGUUUUUGUUCCAACAGCAAUUGCUAUUUUUUUAAAAUCUUUUAUUACAACUAUUCACUACAGCUGUGAGCUGAAUUUUUUUUGAAACAGGACAAAUCCUCCUAUCAACAGGAUUUUUCUUUUUUUCUUUCUUGGAGAUAUUACUUUGAUUGUACCAUGGUGGAUAAGGGUUACAGUUACUACCGAACAGUGAUAUUCACUGCCAUGUUUGUUGGCUACACACUGUACUAUUUCAAUAGAAAAACAUUUUCAUUUGUAAUGCCCUCAAUCAUGGAAGAAAUAGAAUUGGACAAAGAUGACUUGGGUCUCAUCACUAGCAGCCAGUCUGCAGCCUAUGCUAUCAGUAAAUUUAUCAGUGGAGUCCUCUCUGAUCAAAUGAGUGCCCGCUGGCUCUUCUCAUCUGGCCUUCUACUGGUGGGCGUAGUCAAUGUUGUCUUUUCUUGGAGCUCUACAGUUACAGUCUUUUCAGGGCUGUGGUUCCUGAAUGGGCUGGCUCAAGGACUGGGGUGGCCACCGUGUGGGAAGGUACUGCGCAAAUGGUUUGAGCCUUCCCAGUUUGGGACGUGGUGGGCAAUUCUCUCCACCAGCAUGAAUCUGGCUGGUGGCUUGGGCCCCAUUGUUGCUGCUCUGAUGGCUCUGAGCUACGACUGGCGCACAACUCUGUCCGUCUCUGGCUUCAUCUGCAUGGUUGCCUCCUUUGUUUGUCUUGUCCUGAUUAAAAAUGAACCCUCAGACGUUGGGCUACCAAACAUUGGACCAGGAACCAUGAAAGGGAAAAAAGGCUCAUCCAGAGAUGACAGCACCCUGGCAGAGCUGCUACUCUCGCCGUACCUGUGGGUACUCUCAACUGGCUACCUGGUUGUCUUCGGAGUGAAGACAUGCUGUACAGAUUGGGGUCAGCUCUUCCUGAUUCAGGAGAGAGGACAGUCUGCUCUUGUGGGCAGUUCUUACAUGAGUGCCUUAGAAAUCGGGGGCCUGGUAGGAAGCAUUGCUGCUGGGUACCUUUCUGACAGAGCAGUAGCACGGGUGGGUCUGUCAAGUUAUGGGAAUCCUCGGCAUGUGCUCCUGCUUUCCAUGAUGGCGGGAAUGUCUGCUUCGAUGUACCUUUUCCGGGUCACAGUCACAAGUGACUCUCCUAAGGAAAACGACUUCCGGAUUGUAGCCUUGCAUCCUCUCGCUGCCCUCACAGGCUUAACAGAACAGGAGCUGUGGAUACUGAUUCUAGGAGCCAUCUUCGGGUUUUCUUCUUAUGGACCAAUUGCAUUGUUUGGAGUGAUAGCAAAUGAGAGCGCACCUUCCAACCUGUGUGGCACCUCCCAUGCUAUUGUUGCACUAAUGGCCAAUGUUGGUGGUUUCCUGGCUGGAUUGCCUUUCAGUACUAUAGCCAAGCACUACAGUUGGGCCACAGCCUUCUGGGUAGCUGAAAUAACAUGUGUCAUCAGCACCAUAGCCUUUUUCUUAUUACGGAACAUCCGCACCAAGAUGGGUCGGGUACCCAAGAAGAUUGACUAAAGAUGAGCAGCAAAGGUACCAAGGAUGCUCCAGAUGCUACCUAAGGAUGGCAAGUGACUACUCGCUGGCCUGGUACUGAGUUUCCUAUCAAUGCAGCCUAGAUCAGAAUAUUUAUCAAAACUUCAUUUUAUUUUAAUCAUAUUCCUGUUUAGAAAGGCACAAGAUCUUCAGGGGCUGUUACGUUUUAAUGCCUACAGAAUUUUUGGUCACUGUUAUAGUUUACAUCUCAUGACCUCACUUUACCUCUUACUUAAAGUACUGUUAGUGAACUGAGCAGAGACUUCGCAGUCUUGCUUGCUAAACUAGAAGUACUGCAAAAGACCCGUACCUGGUACCUGCCUAGCCUUCUUGCUGCUGGCCUCAGAUGUAGUGUUGCUCUCAAUUCACCCUCAUUGCUUACAGAAAUAUUAGAGUUAGCCAGCACUGAGCCUACUUUCAUUUACCUCCCUUGCUGUUGUCGGUGCAGCUGUGACCCAGCUUACUCUGUCAUGAGCUACCUUCUGUGUCUCCCUCCCCAGAAGCAGCGACCACUAGCUUAUUACUAAAGAAAAACGCUGGUCGCCCAGCUAUUGUCAGAGACUGAACAGUUACUGGUCCACAUAUUACUACAGAUCCCUGCCAUUGCAGCAAAACAGCUCCCUUUUCAGUAACGGCAAAUGAGUAAAGUUCUUGGAACUCCAUUCAAGAGAUGGAAGCACUGUACAACAGUUAUUUUGCUGUUAAAUUAGUCACCAUGGCUAACUUCAGAGUAUUAGUGAACUGCAAAACAGAUGGUUAACACUGAAUAGAAUAGUACUUCCUGGAGUACCAAGGAAACUGGUUCAAGAGUGUAAUCAGUAACAGCAUUAGACACAUACACACCUUGUAUAGCUCCUCUCUUUCUGCAUUAACUAGAAAAGUCUUUAAGAGAUUUUUAUCAAUAGGUUGUAAUGAUUAUUUCUGUAAGUAACAUAAUCAAGGAUAUUGUCAGGUGAAAGCAUAAAUUUCUAAUGGCUCCAGUUCCAGUGAACUGAACCAGUUACAGCAUUUUUAGGUUAAACUACAACAUAGGGUCUGCUUACUCUUACGAAUGCUUGUUAGCAGGAGCAUUGCCCCUUGGUAGUAUGUUAGUAUGUCAUAUGUUAACAGACUUUUCUUAUCAGGAUUCUCAUUUGUGUUCUCUGCAGGGUUUUAGUUAUUUAGAAUGCCUGUAGGUAAGCAAGAAGCUCCGUGGCCACCACCGUAAAGCUACCUUGACAUAACAGAUUGCUCUGCCAGUCCUAACAAAAUGGCUAACUAUCGUACAAAAAUAAACUACCUUUAAUACUUAAGCAUGAGUAUUAAGAAAUACUGUUUACCAACUGUGAAAUAAAAAUGUAGCACUGCACUGGCAGCAUGAGACUUCUUGUGCAAAGGAACCAAGAAAAAAGGGGAAGCUCUUGCCCAGAGGCCAGUCCUGGAUAUAGGACAUUCCUCUUUCUACAGUGAGUAGCCUUAGUCAGAAGCAGUCAUUUUAUGUUGCCCUUCCUGCUGCUAUUCUUCAGAACAGCUGUGCAAACACCAAGGAACUUAUUUUUUCAGUUUAUUCCUUAUUCAUUUCACCCACCUCCCCUGCUUGAAAUCCAUUAUUCCUGUUUACACCAACGUAAGCUGAAGUGUUGCCUUCCACUGGGGUUCUGGGCACAGUAAAGGGCAUCUCAAGCUAGAAUGGUUUCAGAUGGUAAAACCAGAGUGAUGAUAAUCAGGCUGCAUUUUUACCCUAGUUCAGACUAGCUCUAGCAGAAGCAAAUGUAUUUAGUCCAAGAAUUAAUCUAUCCACACUUUAAGGGAAUGUUUAUUACUUGUACAUCCAAAAUAACAGUUUGUCUGAGCCAUAAAUUAAAGCCGCAGAGAAAAACUAAUAUAUAUAUAUACACACACACUUAAGAGUGAAAAAGGGGAGUAUAACUGAGGUUUUACCACCAUGUUGUGUCUUAUCUUCCUCUGUGUUACAGUGACAGCUUUAGAGCUGCAAUCAUAGCUUCAGCCACAUAUACCCAUUCUUAGCUAUAAUAAUCACUGUUAGGCAAAGGUGGAUUCCACAUCCAUGGAAUAAAGCAGCAUUUCUGGAGAUGACCAAAGCAACUCAGGACCUCAUGACCUCCUCUCUCGCUGCUGUAGGCAGAGACAGGAUUCUGGAAAAGCUAUCUAGUGAGGAGAGGGUCAGUAUUGACACUGGAAAAGUCCUAUGAUCCUGGUCCAAAUGGUCCAGCUUUUUCUGCUACCUCCAAAGCAAGUUUCAAGUUCUGAUCGAACAGCUCACACCUGAAAUAUUCACAGAAAUACAGGCAUGAGGAUCAGAAGAGGGUGACAAAAAUCUCCAUCUACAACCCAAAACAUAUUGGUGUUUUUAAUCGGAGAACUGUUAGCUCCAAGACAGCCCCAGUCCUGCACUAGCUUCUCUUCCAUUCCAAACUCUGCUAAUGGCGACUUUUUGAAUCAAAAGACUGAUUAACAAAGCAGCUUGAGUUCAGCUUUCCUAUUUGACAUGCCAAAACCAUUUCAAAAACAAAGCUUAAUUGCCGCUUUGACAGGGGUUAAAAGUGCAAUAGGGGCCCUGCCAAGAGAGAGCAUGUCACGUUGUUCAAAUGGAACUCCAGAGGAAGUUUCCUGCAGCCUUUUAUAGAGAACUGGAUUCAGACUGGUGUCCUUGGAAGACCUUCUCCAAGAACUUGACAACGCUGAACCUCCUUAUGGAAUUUAGUUUAAUCAUGCAAAAAGUUAGAUUUUUGAUUGUGCCUUAAACAAAACUAGUGUCUGCGUCAAAGUAGUCAGGUGUACUACCAGAGCUCCCAUCAGCAGCCCCGGUCAAAAGAGAACCCAGCAAUCUUAGGUUUAUUUUUAGUGGAUGGACUCUGGAAACGGGCGCUAAAAACAUGGGGUCUGCUUCCAAUUCUGUCACUGACCAAAUAACCUCAGACAGUAAAAUCACAUGUCUGCUUCCCCACUGUAAAAUAAGUAUGUCUUCUCUUCUUCAAAGGGGGUUGUAUUAAUGGUUGUACGGUGCUCUCAAAGUGGAGAGCUGAGCAAGUGCUAAGUAUCCUGUUGUUCUACACAUCAUCUGCCUACUCCCUACCUGAUUGGCAUCUCCAGUGAGUAGAAAGGAUUUUUCAGAGCAAAGUCAGAAUAAAUCUCAUAGAUCUUGCGCAGAAGGGACUCUAUCCCAGCUUGCCGUGGAUCAGCGAGCACCACAAAUUUGAUCCCUGGAGCCAUAAUGAAAGAAGCAUUAGCAUUGACUACAUGCAAGCUGCAAAGGUAAUAAUACUGUGAAAUACAUUCCCAAAUAUAAUUGAAAAGGCCUCAUUUACAGGAAGGACGGGAGAGCAGCUGACACCAUCUGAAGAAUAUUUAAAACUUGCCUUGUUUUGUUUAAGAUAUAUAAAGAAAGGUUAAUGAUUGAGUAGUGUAUUUUAGCAAGCUAACAUUCAGGAUGUGAUUUUACUUUCAGGUGCACAGAGCAUAUUUUGUAACAUUGCUAACGUGCCUAUACACUUGAGCACCUCUAGGGGAAUCCUACAUUUCAAGCACAGGCUGGGUUUUAUUUGCAAUUCCUCAGCUAGAUUCCAGACUUUUAAAGACAUGUUGGCCAAUUGAGGCAAGACAAGAUGAGCUAGUUUCCCUUUCUGUAAAGGGGAUAAUUCCUGGGUGGUGAGUAAGAAGUUGAGGGUUAAUUCAUAUUUGUGAGGUACUUUGUCAGUUUCUCUGGAUAGAGGCCCAUCAGCUCUUUGUAAAUCCUUUUGUAUACUUCUGGUGCUCUCUAACUGGAUACUGAAAUAAUCAUCUUUUGCCCUUUUCUAGUGCCUUUCAUUUUAAAAUGGCAAUCUAAUUCAGAGAAAUACCAUAUGAAUAAAGAUCAAGCACAAAAGCAGUACUUUUGCAGCAAUAUACAAGUCUAAUAAAUACUCCCAAGGGCAUUCUGUGCCAAAAAAUUAAAAAUUCUGUGCACAAUA